GUGUGUAAUGUCGGUGGAGCUCACAUUCUUGUGAGUGUCCAGUUGGGGGUGAUUUUAGCAUUUCUGGAGAAAGAAACUCGAAAAGUUUUUUUUUUUUUUUUGUGGGGGGGUAAAACUCGAAAAGAAACUCAAGAUUGUUGAAUGUUGUUGAAUUCAUUCAAUUCCGAAAAAGAAGGCGAGCCCAUAGUAGUCGCUGGACUCCGUCACGUUAGAUCAUGACUCGUUAACUCAACCACGGUUAAGAAUCCGAAUAUACGCACUCGACUAUACGCGCUUCUCUCUCUCUCCCUCAUUCUCUGCACCGCCCCCUGGCUCUCGCCCGCAACCGCAUUGUCCAAUUCCGGCGACUCCCCGCGCUUUGCCGCCGGAAAACACGUCACAUUUAUGGUUUUCUUGGACUCAGAUAGGUUGCCAAAUCCUACGAUCUCUUGAUCCAAUUUUUGCGUGCUUUACCUAGGUUAAAAGUGUCUUUUCCCCAAUCCAGCCUCCCUCGAUCACUGAAAAAGACCCCAACAUUCUUCGCACUUUGCAAGAAUACUACCCCUCUCGUGUGCUGUUCACGAAAGGAAUAAUCUUCAAUAAAUCCCAAAAAGGAAAAAUCCCAAGUCGUUUCGAUCCGUUUUUGUUAAUUGGAAUUCAAAUUACGUUGAUUUCGAUUUCCAUAUAUAGUCAACCUAGGAUCUUGAUUUGCUAAGGAGUCUAGGUUUUUAAUGCAUGGGGGGAGGGGUGGAUAGGGAUGUGCAGGGUAGAGAGAAAAAGGAGUGAAGAGAGAGAGAAGAGGAGGAUGGGGAGGAGGUGGGUGGUGGUGAUGGGGCUGAAGACGGGAGAAGGCAGGGUGGAGAAGCUGAGGAGUUCCAUGGCGUCUUCGAGGCCCAGGCUGAAGCUGUGGAUGAUAAGGGCGACGACGUCGGUUCUGCUGUGGACUUGCUUGGUGCAGCUGACGGCCUUGGGGGAGAUGUGGGGCCCUAGGGUUUUGAAGGGCUGGCCUUCUUGUUUCUCUCAAGAUUCCUCCACGGCUGCUGCUUCUGUUUUGGACCUCAAGUUUUCCCCUUCUGUCCCGGAAAGAAUUCUUCCUCCAAAGAGGGUUUAUAAGAACAAUGGCUACUUGAUGGUUUCAUGCAAUGGUGGACUUAAUCAAAUGAGGGCAGCGAUUUGUGACAUGGUUGCUAUUGCAAGAUAUUUAAAUGUCACACUUAUAGUUCCCGAACUGGAUAAGACUUCUUUCUGGGCUGAUCCCAGCGAAUUCCAAGACAUAUUUGACAUUGAUCAUUUCAUCACAUCCUUGAGAGACGAGGUUCGGAUAUUGAAACAGCUACCGCCCAGACUCAAGAGGAGAGUUGAGUUAGGGAUGUUCUACACCAUGCCUCCCAUUAGUUGGUCUGACAUUUCGUACUACCAUAAUCAGAUUCUUCCUCUGAUACAGAAGUAUAAAGUUGUUCAUUUGAAUAGAACUGAUGCCAGGCUUGCUAAUAAUGGCCAGCCCAUAGAGAUUCAGAAGUUGCGCUGCCGAGUUAAUUAUAGUGCUCUCAAAUUCACUUCUCAGAUAGAGGAGUUGGGCAGAAGGGUUAUUAGGCUUCUAAGGCAAAAUGGUCCUUUCCUAGUGCUUCAUCUCAGAUAUGAAAUGGAUAUGUUAGCCUUUUCUGGAUGUACUCAGGGCUGUAACCCUGAGGAGGUAGAGGAGUUGACUAGAAUGAGAUAUGCAUACCCAUGGUGGAAAGAGAAAAUUAUAAACUCUGACUUGAAGAGGAAGGAUGGGUUGUGCCCUUUGACACCUGAGGAAACUAUGCUUAUUCUAAAGGCGCUAGACAUUGAUCGCAAUAUACAGAUUUACAUUGCGGCUGGAGAAAUAUAUGGUGGAGAAAGGAGGAUGGCUAGUCUUGCAUCAGCAUAUCCAAAAUUGGUGAGGAAGGAGACACUGUUGGAGCCAUCAGACCUCAGGUUUUUCCUGAAUCACUCAUCCCAAAUGGCAGCAUUGGAUUAUCUUGUUGCGUUGGAGAGUGAUAUUUUCGUUCCAACAUAUGAUGGCAACAUGGCCAAAGUUGUCGAGGGCCACCGCAGAUACCUCGGCUUCAAGAAGACAAUCCUACUGGACAGAAGGCUUCUAGUUGAUCUGAUAGACCGAUAUAAUGGUGGAUCACUGAGUUGGGAUGAAUUCUCAUCAGCUGUUAAGGAAGCUCAUGCAGAUCGCUUGGGAAACCGUACUAAAAGGAUUAUGAUUCCCGACAGACCCAAAGAGGAGGACUAUUUCUACGCCAACCCAGAAGAGUGUUUGCAACGGUCAGAUGAGCUGUUGAGUGCUACAUGAUCUCUUGUAGGGCUGGUUUCAUCCAUACCAGGAAUAUCCUUCCGGUUUAGCAAAACGAUUUUCUCAACACAGAGAUAUAGCACUGGAGGGGUUUUGUUCCGAUACAGCAAUGUAGGAGAAUUGAAUUUGACAAAACCUUGGAGAGUGCAGUUGGGGCAGUACACUAAAUAUCUUAAUAUAUCUUCCAAUAAUACUAAUCAUGUAUAGAAGCUACCCUGCCAUUGCAGGGUGAUAUCGAGUGGACUCGACUGCAGUGAACACAGAGAGGGGGUGUUGCAAUUUAUAGAUUUUGGCAUUAAAUCCAUUUUUGCUUCCAUGGUCUUGAUUUUUCGGGUAUUUCAGUUCUUCCAUGGUCUUGAUUUUUGUGUAGCAUAUAUAAAAUCCAGCUCCUUCUCA